AUGGACAGAAAGCUCAAGAGGGAUUUGAAGGGUGUGAGAGAUAAUAUUAAAAGUGGGAUAAAAGAUGUGAUUGGGAGGUUGGAAGUUGAGAAACUCGAUGAGAAAGUGAUGAAGGAUUUGGGGAAGUUGAAGAGCAGAAUUGAGGGGCUUGCAAGUGAGGUUAAUGGUGGUACGGACAGUAAUGGUAAAAUUAUAAGUAAGGAGUUGGCAGAACUUAAAAGGCAUAAGGGAACGCUUGAUGAGGAACAUGUUAACAAAAUUAAGAGUGCGGAAAGUGAGCUUGCCGGUAAGUUUAAGAAUAAUAUCCAAGAUCCGCUUGGCACUGCGGUCGGUGCAGUUGGCACGGCGAUUGGGGAGCUUGGCGGGACGUUUGAGAAUGGCAAACUGGAAACUAUUGCAAGGAUUUUCGAACAUAUUAAAGGGGAGGUUGGGAAGAUUAAGGGGACACCGGGGAGGAACCCCAAUGGUAACGAUGGUACAGGACUAGAAGGUGUUGUUCAGAGAGUAAAAGGGCUUGCUAGGGCAUUUGUUAACCCUGCCGGAAAAGGUUUUGAGGCCAGAGUGGUCGGAUGGCUACAGAACAGUAUUCUGGGGAAUGGUAAGCAGUCAUGGGAAAGAGAAUAUAAGCCCGGGAUGCAAGCCGUGAAUACAUGGCUUGAGCCGUAUCAGAAGGCGGCUAAGGGGGGCGGGCAUAAUGAACAAGCAUUGAAAGAUCAAGUUAUAAAUAAUAUUAAGAGUGCGCUUGGAACCCAAAUUACCGCAGCUCAGCGGAUGAUUAUGUCAGUGCAGAAUGGCAUCACAGUUAAUCUCACUGCUAUCGUCACCGCUUGCAACACAUUCGUCGAAGAGCUCGAUAAGAAGAUCACGAAGGGCGCAAUUGAUCAGCUUGCCAAUCCCGUAGCCGGGCAGAUUCAGAAUUGGAUGCAAGGGCAGGGUCUUUGGAAUCGUGUGACUGACGCUGAUCUCAAGUGUGCCGUCCGCUACACUCUCCUUGCACUCUGCGCCGGUGUGAAGCAGGUGGCUACGGAGAUAAAGUCAUUAGGUACAGACAAAUUUGGGGAAAUCUUGGACACUAUAAAGCCGAUUGUAGAUAAGCUUCACAAUAAUCUAGACCUGGCGACUCAAACAUCCGCCACCUCCACAGAAAGCCCCGCCCAAGCCGUGGACGGUAAGUUGGAGGACGUGAAGAGCAAGGUUGCUGGACUUGAAGAGGACUUCAGGGGGAACGUCACAAGAGUGCUUAGAGAUACAGCCGGCUAA